CCGAGCUCAGCCAUCUUGUGGAGAGUGCAGAGAGAGAGAGGCCUCAGAGAGCCACACACUUCGAAUCAAACCCUGUGCUGUCACAACAAGCCCAGAACUUCAAGGAAGAAUGGCCGAAACCCAGACACUUAACUUUGGACCAGAAUGGCUCCGUGCCCUGUCCGGAGGAGGAGGCGGCGGCGGCGGCGGUGGAAGCGGCGGUGUCGUCGCCUCUCCGCCGCUCUCACCUGCAUUGCCAAAGUAUAAACUCGCAGACUAUCGAUAUGGAAGAGAAGAAAUGUUAGCACUUUAUGUAAAGGACAACAAGAUCCCUAUAGACCUCCAUGAUAAGGAGUUCCUGCCCAUAUUGCAAGAGGAGCCUUUGCCACCUCUGGCGCUCGUGUCUUUCACAGAGGAGGAACAGAGAAACUUUUCCAUGUCCGUAAACAGUGCAGCUGUGCUGCGGCUCACAGGGCGAGGGGGCGGGCCCAUCGUGGGGCCGGCGCGAGGCCGGAGCACCUCCAGGGGUCGAGGCCGCGGCAGAGGAGACGGAGGGUUUUACCAAAGAAGUUUCGAUGACGUUGAAGGGUUCGGCCGCGGCGGGAGGGAGAUGCAUCGCUCCCAAAGCUGGGAAGAACGGGGCGACAGAAGGUUUGAAAAGCCGGGUCGAAAAGAGCCAGCAGACGCAGCUCCAGGACACUUCCCCAUCAAUCACAUUCGAUCGAACUACGAGGACGCGACAGCGGGACUCCCGAGGAAACACGACUUCACGCGUUCAGAGAGCGAGAACUGGCGCACGUCCCGUGACGAUCAGAACGACGGGCCAAGGUCAGCAGGGUGGCGGGAACACCCGGACCAACGCCGGCGUUUCCCGUUCGACGCCAGAGAAGACGAGCGCGGCUACAGGAGGCCGCGGUCCGGCAGCGGCAGCCUGGACGACGACAGGGACGGUCUGCCCGAGUGGUGUCUGGAGGACGCCGAGGAGGAGACGGGCACCUUCGACUCCUCGGGGGCCUUCCUCUCUCUCAAGAAGGCUUCGAAGGAGCCGAUCCUGGAGGAGGCGGAGCUCGACUUCAGACCUCUGGAGGAGUGUGAGGAGGGCCUGGAGGAGGAAGAGGGCCAGCUAAAGGAGACCAAAGAGACUGACACCGAGGCCAAAAGAGACGCGGACCGGAGAGACUUUGUCCGAGCCUCCGAGGAGGCUCCGCCCAUCGCUCCCCCCGUGGCUCCUCCCAUGCCGGAGCCGCCUCAGUCGCUGUCCCCGAAGCAGAGCGGCCGAGCGGAGGAACCGGACCGAGCGGCCGAGCGCCAGCCCCCCCUGGAGCUGCCCCCGGAGCCCUGCAAAGUGCCCCUGCACGUCCCCAUGUCCAGCAGCAUGCUGGAGUCCCUCCCCCUGAGCCACAUCUCCACCACGCUCACGGACGUUUCUGCCCCGUCGCCCUCCAUUCAGCUGCCGCCGCAGAAGCCUCUGGAAGUCCCUGUGGCCAUGAGCAACCCUCUCCCCUUCACUUCCAGUAUGAUGGCGCCCAUCGGCAGGCCCACGGCGGUGCCACAGGACGCCGAUGAGGACGAGGGCCUCAAGCACUUCGAGCAGGAGGCGGAGAAGAUGGUGGCGUACCUCCAGGACAGCGGCGCGGACGACGACCGGCCGCCGGCCAAGACCUCGGAGAAGACGAAGCCGGCCGGUCUGCCGCUCACACACGAAGCGGCGCUCAAGUGGUUCUACAAGGACCCCCAGGGGGAGAUCCAGGGUCCCUUCAGUAACCAGGAGAUGACGGAGUGGUUCCAGGCCGGGUACUUCACCAUGUCUCUGCUGGUCAAGCGAGGCUGCGACGACGUGUUUCAGGCUCUGGGGGAGAUCAUCAAGAUCUGGGGGCGGGUCCCGUUCACCCCCGGCCCGGCGCCUCCCCCUCUCCAGGGUGAUGGAGACCAGGAGAGGCUGAAGAGGCAGCAGGAGCUCAGCGCUCUCAACCUUUAUCAGCUGCAGCAGCUCCAGUAUCAGUACCUCCUCAGGCAGCAGUACGCUCAGGCUCUGGCCCAGCAGAAAGCUGCAGCGCUCAGCUCGGCUCCCCUCCAGCAGCAGCAGCAGCACCAACAGCAGAUCAACCUGCUCCUACAGCAAUACCAGGCCCUCAAGUUAAGAGCGUCUGAGAGCCUCCUACCUCCAGUGACCCGCUCCCUGUCGGUUCCGGACUCCAGUUCUGUGUGGGAGAUGCAGAACCCGUCGUCUCAGGCCUCCUGCACACCGAGCCUUCCCCAGGCCAACCAGAGCACGUGGGACGGCAGCAGCGUCUGGGACUUACCCAUCGACUCCAUGGCUCAGGCUCCCACCAUCGAGCAGAUGCAGCAGUUAGAGAAGGCCAAAUCUGCUAAGUUGGAGUUGGAGCGUCGAGAAGCAGAGAUGCGAGCCAAGCGUGAGGAGGAGGAGAGGAAGCGUCUGGAGGAGGCGCUGAGGGCUCGACAGGAGGAGGAGCGGAAGCGUCUGGAAGAGGAGGAGCUGGCCCGACAGAAACAGGAGGAGGCACUGAGGAGGCAGAGGGAGCAGGAGGAGGCGCAGCGGAGGCAGAAAGAGGAGGAGGAGAGGCUGGCUCAGGAGGAGGCCCUCCGAAGGUUAGAGGAGAGGAGGAGAGAGGAGGAGGAGAGGAAGAAACGAGAGGAGUUCCUUCGCAAGCAGCAGGAGGAGGAGCGAAGGAAGCAGGAGGAGCUGGAGGCCAUCAGGAGGCGCGAGGAGGAGAAGCGAGCAGAGGAGGAGGCCGCCGCCGCCGCCGCUGCUGCCGCCGCCGCCGCUCUGGCCCUGCAGCAGGAGGAGCAGAAGAGGAGGGAGCAGGAGGCGCAGAGGCAGCAGGAGCUGCAGAGACAGAGGCAGCAGCAGCAGGAGGCGCUGAGGAGGCUCCAGCAGCAGCAGCAACAGCAGCAGCAGCUGGCUCAGAUGAAGUUACCGUCCUCCUCCAAGUGGGGGCAGCAGUCGGCCGGCUCCAUCAGCCAGACGCAGAACGCCCUGUCGCUAGCCGAGAUCCAGAAACUGGAGGAGGAGAGAGAACGGCAGGCCCGCGAGGAGCAGCGGCGGCAGCAGCAGGAGCUCCUGAAGCUGCAGCAGCAGCAGGCGCUGCAGCAGGCGCAGCAGCCCCACGCCAAGCUGCCCGGCUGGGGCAACGUGGCCAAGCAGCCCGUCAUCACCAAGUCUCUGCUGGAGAUCCAGAGGGAGGAGGCCCAGCAGAUGAAGCAGCGGAAGGAGCAGCAGCAGCAGCAGCAGCAGCAGCAGCAUCACCCCCCCGUCGUCAGCCAGCAGAGCCGCACGCAGAACAGAACGACGCCGCUCAGCAACUCGGUGUGGGGCUCCGUGAACCUGAGCACCAACUGGGGGUCGGACUCCAGCAGCAUCUGGGGCGACACACACAACUCCAACAUGGGCUUCUGGGACGAGGCGGUGAAGGAGGCGGCGCAGCCGCAGCCGCCGCCGCCCAGCAAGAAGAGCAACGCGCAGAAGAACAAUAAGGGCAACGCCAACCUCAGCAACUCGGUGAGCGGACGAGCCAACAAGAAGGUGGAGGAGGAGGAGAAGCUGCUCAAGUUGUUCCAGGGGGUCAACAAGAGCCAGCAGGACACUUUCAUGCAAUGGUGCGAGCAGACUCUGCACACGCUCAACACGGCCAACAAUCUGGACGUUCCCACGUUCGCUUCCUUCCUCAAAGAAGUGGACUCUCCGUACGAGGUGCACGACUACGUCCGGGCCUACCUGGGGGACACGCCCGAGGCCAAGGACUUCGCCAAGCAGUUCCUGGAGCGUCGUGCCAAACAGAACGCCAACCAACAGAAGGCGGCGCCGCAGAAUCAACAGCAGGCCCUCAAGCAGCAGCAGCAGCAGCAGCAGCAGGACUCGGUGUGGGGCGGGACGGGAUCCUCAUCUCUGUAUCAGUCCAACCACACCAGCAGCCAGCAGCAGCAGCAGCGCUUUGAGACCGUCACCUCAGGGAAGAAGAAGAAGAAGCAGAAGAUGGUCCGAGCAGACCCCAGCCUGCUAGGUUUUUCUGUGAACGCCUCGUCCGAGAGGUUGAACAUGGGAGAAAUUGAGACUUUGGAGGACUUUUAAAAGGGACUGCAGCCAAGAAAACUGGCCCACCGACUUAACCCAGUCCGAACAGCAGCUGCCCCCCCACCCUCCCCACCCCACGUUUUAUUUUCCAUUGUUCCCAGUAAUCAGAUCUGUCCCCAUAACUUACUUAGUGAUCUGUGAAUCGGAGCGGCGCCGUGACCCGGUGGACCCUCUGGAGGGAGAAACGCCGGUGAACUCACCUCUUCAACCUGUCAUGAAGUUUUUUCCUGUAACACGUGGACUCGUGUGCGGGCCGAGAGCAUCAUCCACCAUCUUUCUUUUUAUUUAUUCACAGUUUGCACCUCCACCCCUCCCCCUCCCCUCCGGCUGAGUGUUCAUGGGUAGUGACGGCGAGGUCGACCUCACAGAUUGGUUCCCACUAAUGUCCUGUUUUAAGGACAUGCUCAAAAGUUCCAAGUAGUUAUCUAUUUCUUGUAAAAUAUUAGGCUGUUUAAAGAAUGAUCUUUCAAUUCUGCAUCUGUAUUAUAAUAUAUGAGAAACGAUUUGCUGGAGUCAUACUUUUUUAUUGCAGUAUGAAACAAUAAUAAAGCAGUCUAUUGGCUGUCGCA